AUGUGGCUGAGGAAUCACACUUCUUCCCUGGAAGACUUCAUCCUUGAAGGGCUCUUUGAUGACUCGCUCUCCCAUGUUUUCCUGUUCUCCUUGACGAUGGUGGUUUUCCUCAUUGCAGUGAGUGCCAACACCCUCACCGUCCUCCUCAUCUGUGCUGAUGCUCGGCUUCAUACGCCGAUGUACCUCUUGCUCAGCCAGCUGUCCCUCAUGGACCUGAUGUAUGUCUCCACUACCAUCCCCAAGAUGGCGACCAACUAUUUAUCUGGCAAGAAAUCCAUCUCCUUUGUGGGCUGUGCCACCCAGCACUUCCUCUAUUUAUCUGUGGGUGGUGCCGAGUGUCUCCUUCUGGCCCUCAUGUCCUAUGACCGCUAUGUUGCCAUCUGUCACCCACUGCACUAUGCUGUCCUCAUGAGCAGAAAGUUGACCUUGAUGAUGGCUGUCCUAUCAUGGUUAGGAGCAUCCACAAACUCCCUAAUUCACACAGUGAUAUUGAUGCACUCCCCUUUCUGUGAAUCCCGAAAAAUUUCUCAUUUCUACUGUGAGUUUCCUGCUAUUCUGAAGUUGAUAUGUAAAGACAUGACUGUUUAUGAAACCACAGUGUACAUCAGCACCAUCCUAAUACUUCUCAUUCCCAUCUCCCUGGUCUCUACGUCCUACGCCUUCAUCCUCCACAGUGUGAUUCAGAUGCAGUCAGCUGGGAGCAAGAGAAAUGCCUUUGCUACUUGUAGCUCUCACCUCACUGUUGUGUUUUUCUGGUUUGGUGCCUGCAUCUUCACAUAUAUGAGGCCCAGGGCCCAGCACACUCCAUUGCAAGACAAGGUUGGCUCAGUGUUCUACAGCAUCAUCACUCCCACACUGAAUCCUCUGAUUUACACUCUCCGGAACAAGGAUGUAGCCAAGGCCCUGAGGAAAGUGUUUGGGAGAUGUAGUACUAACCACUGA